AUGCCUGCCCGCACGACACAAUGGCCUAAGCGCAGCGCAAAUGACUUACUGCAAUCUCCAGGCUUCCUGGGCGCUGCAGCCCGGUUCUGGCAGCGUUCCUAUGCUUCUGACUAUGUCGGGCUUGCCAUCCUAAUUACUGGCUAUAUCUGGAUCCAAUUCCUCGCCGAACCCUUUCACCGCAUGUUCUCACUUGACAACCUUGCCAUCCAAUACCCGCAUGCGGAAAUUGAGCGCGUGUCUGUGUCAUGGCUGUUCAUCUACGCCGGUGCCGUCCCGCUCGGCAUACUCGUCCUAUGGGCCUUGGCCGUCCGUCCAGGCACACACAAAGCACACGUCACAAUCCUCGGUUGGCUCGUGAGCAUGAUCCUCACCCUGUUCAUCACGGACGUGAUCAAGAACGCCGUGGGCAGACCCCGACCCGAUCUCAUUGCGCGUUGUAAACCCAAGCCAGGGACGCCCGCACACGAGUUAGUCACGUACUUGGUAUGCAGCGAGGAGGACCAUCACAUUCUGCACGACGGGUGGCGCAGCUUUCCUAGUGGGCACAGCAGUUUCUCCUUCAGUGGAUUGGGGUACCUGGCUCUUUUCAUCGCAGGGCAAUGCCAUGUUUACCGACCUAGAGCGGACCUCGCACGCGUGCUCCUCGCUCUUGCGCCGCUACUCGGCGCUGCUCUUAUAGCCAUAUCACGCUGCGAAGACUAUCGGCACGAUGUCUACGACGUCACGGUUGGCUCGAUCAUCGGCAUGUCCGUUGCGCACUACACCUAUAGAAGGUAUUAUCCGGCGCUACGAAGCAGCAAGUGUGCAACGCCAUUCCCCAAUCCAGCGGAUUCGUUGAACGGGAAGUUGAAAGAUGAAGAGGGUAGUGUGAGAGGUGUGCAGGAUUUUGAACUGGAUGAUGUUGACGAGGACGAUGAUGAAGAGAGGGAAUCGAGGCCGUUGAAUAACAGAAGAUGA